AUGGGUGCCACAACCCGAACGCAAGAUCGUGUUCUGCUUCAUCGUUCAGAAGACCAGUUUCCCAUCAAGGACUGCAGCUUUUGGACGUUGGUUCCGAAGCACGCGUUCAUGUCGGUAGACAUUAAUUGGGACACCAUCACUGGUGGUUCUGAUGGAGAAGCCCUUGCACUCAAAAUUCGCGAUUUCGUCCACGACAAGUUUCAGCAAAUCGUGCUACCUCGCUUCAUCAAAUCAGUCAACGUCCACGAGUUCCACUUUGGAUCGACAUGUCCAGAGAUAGAGAUCAAGGACAUCAGCGACCCACUGCCGGACUUCUAUGAGGAUGAUGGUGACAGCAGUGACGAUGAGAAAGAUGCUACAGCGGAAGGAGGCGCGAGGCUAUCAACCAUGAGUAACUUACCCAGCCUGGACACUGCGCGCGCCAACACUGCAUCUUACGUCGAGGCACAAGACCGUCACAACAACCGUUCUCAUCCCGAUAACCCAUUUGCUGAGAUGGCUCGUGCUGGCACUCCCGGCAUACCUGGCGGCACAUCUAACUUCAACUAUUUCCACAUGCCAAUCAGCGGCCUUUCGGGAGCACAGACGCCUCUGGCAGCGGUAGCCAGUGGCACGCCAUUCACGCCCGUCGGAUGGCCCAUCGAUAGAUCUCAGUCACCAGUGCUUAAUCUGCCGCCAGGAAAGAGAGCGCAGCAGCAGUCCAGCCAUGCUCAUGAGCACAACGACCCAUCCACGCGACCGUCGACAGCAAACACGUUGCUGACCCAUGUCGAAUACCCACCAGACAACUCUUCAGCGUUCUACGGCAGUCCCCAGAAAGUCGCUGAUGAUCCCUCAUAUGACGCAAGCUCUCCGAUAGGGACACCGGGUAUGCACAACGUCCAGCCGACCGACUUGCAAGUCGUGGCCCGGGUGAAGUACUCUGGAGACGUUAGUCUCAUGCUCACGGCCGAAAUUCUUCUCGACUACCCAAUGCCCAGCUUUGUCGGUAUUCCGCUCAAGCUAUCGAUUACAGGAAUGACCUUCGACGGGGUUGCUAUCAUCGCCUACAUCAAGAAGCGGAUGCAUUUCUGCUUUCUUGACCCGGAAGAUGCAGACACAUUGGUCGGUGACCAUGUCAUGCAGGACGAGCCAUCACAAGAUGGUGCUAACCGAGCCAAGCCGAAGAGUUCGCUUCUCGAUCUGGGUCUGCUGAAGGACAUCCAGAUCGAGAGCGAAAUUGGCCGUCAGGAAAGCGGCAAGCAAGUUCUCAAAAAUGUUGGCAAGGUGGAAAGAUUCGUUCUUGAGCAGAUUCGAAAGAUCUUCGAAGAGGAGUUUGUCUUUCCAAGCUUCUGGACUUUUCUCGUCUGA